AUGGAAUGGGAACCAAGAGAUGAAUGUCUGUAUUAUGUUCUUAAUAAGAUAUUACGGACUGAAAACCGACAAAAACUCAAACCUUGGUAUUCUUAUUUGAGGCUGAUUCUCAACGCUCUCCAAAAACUACCACCACAGAAGCUAACAGUAUGGCGUGGCGUUCCACUUGAUCUCAAUCAACAAUAUGAAAUAGGGAAACGUUACGUUUGGUGGGCAUUCUCAUCGUGCACUCGGUCGCUUGCUGUUCUUGAAUCAGAACAAUUUCUUGGCAAACAUGGGCCACGCACUUUAUUCAACAUAGAAUGUCAAAAUGGAAAAACAAUUCGAUCGCAUUCGUACAUUGACGUUGAAGAUGAAAUUCUUCUUUUACCUGCAGCACAAUUUGAAGUUAUCAGCAAAUUGAAACCUUCGUCUGAUCUUAACAUUAUUCAUUUGAGACAGGUUGAUCCACCGUUUCCCCUCAUUGAACUACCCUUAACAACUAUGACCGUGAGACUGAAAUCUCACUUUAAUAAAGAUGAGGAGCAAUUACCUAACAGUUAUCAAAAUGAUAAACUGGAACAACUCAUUUAUACACAGGGCCACGAUAUGGAUCUUAAAAGACAGGAAUUAAUCGAUAAUGACAUUCCAAUAGUCAUACAGCGGGCUAUUAUUGAUAAAAAAUGUUCGUAUCUCAAUCUACGUAGCAACAAGAUUACAGAAGAAGGAGCUCAGUGUCUUGCAAAGGUGCUUCAGUCGCACACGUCGUUAUCAAUGUUACAAAUAGCAGAAAAUAAAGUUGGAGAUGGUGGCGUCCAUUUGAUUGCUCAGGCGCUAUACAAAAACACACACUUAAAUUUCCUCGAUCUCACGAACAAUAAUAUCAAGCAUAAGGGUGCCCAAUCUCUGGCCGAAGCUCUACGAGCUAACUCAACAUUAGAGAGUCUUUAUAUUGGUGCCAAUCAGAUUGGUGAUAGUGGGGCUCAAUGCUUUUCUGCAGCUUUAAAGCACAAUACAACCCUAAAAACUCUGUCACUUGACAUCACUGGAGUUACCGACAAUGGCACGAUUUAUUUGGCUGAAAUGCUAACAACAAAUACAAACCUCACUAAUCUCUAUCUUGAUAAUAAUAAUCUAACGAACAGCGGAAGAUUAGGAAUAUUUGUGGGUAAACGUCGAAAAAGACGAUAUCUUCCUCCUCAAUGCCUACCAGAUCAUCCAGAAUGCAUUUCUCCAGAUGAAUUAACAAAUAUUAACAAAAUUGCAGGACAAUCUGAAUCUUCACCAAUCCUAAUAGAAACAACAAUACCAUCACCAACAACAGCGACAUCGUCUAAUAAAUGUAGCGAUUUUUAUUUAGCAUGUCGUAAUAAUAAGAUUGAAGAAGUUCAAGCAUUACUUGAAACUAUGGAUACAAAUGAUAUUGACAGAGUCGAACCAAAUGGUAUGACGGCAUUACAUGCUGCAUGUUUUCAUGGGCAUCUAGAAAUUGUUAAAUUAUUAUUGAUGGUAGGAGCAGAUAGAGCUAUUCAAAGUAAAUAUGGAAAUUUACCAUUUGGUGAAGCGAGGACUGACGAAAUUAAAGAACUUUUCUAUCUUAUACCGAAUUCUAAUCGACUCCAAUCAAAUAAAGGUACUAUUGAGUGGGAAAUUAUUGACGAUGAUGAUAUUGUAGAUGAUGCUACACAAAUACGACAUUUGCUUAAAUCUACUUUUGACAGCACUAGUGAACUGACAUCAAUGUAG